AUGCUUUUCAUUUAUGCCGCCUCCAUGGACCCUCCCAAGGGCAGCGGUGCCCCCAGGGGCUCUCUCAGGGGAGACAGCACCCCCAUGGGUCCUCCCAGGGGUGGUGGUACCCCAAGGGAUCCUUUCAGGGGUGACUGGGCCCCCAGACACCCUCCCAGGGGUGACAAAACCUCUAGGGACCCUCCCAUAGAUGGUGGCACUCCCAAGGACCCUCCCAGGGACAGCAGAACCCCCAGGGACCUUCCCAAUGGCUAUGACACGGCCAGGGACCCUCCCAGGGAUGAUGGCGGCGCCCCCAUUGGACCCUUGAAGGGCAACAGUGCCCCUAGGGACCCUACCAGGAACAGCGGUGCUCCCAAGGACCCUCCCAGGGAUGGCGGCGCCCCCAGGGACCCUCCCAAGAGAGGCAGCGUGCCCAGGGACCCUCCCAGCGGCGACCUAAACGACCCUAAGGAACCUUCCAGAGGCAGCAGCACCUCCAGGGACACUCCCAGGGAUGGCAGCGUCUCCAGGGAUCCUCACAGAGGCGGUGGAUCCCCAGGGACCAUCCCAAGGACACUCCCAGGGGCGGCGGUGCCCCCAAGGGCUCUCCAAUGGGCAGGCCUUCUCAGGGGCCGUGGAGCACCUAGGGGUCCUUCCAAACACAGCGGCGCCUCCAGGGACCAUCCUAGGGACAUUGGUGCCCCCGGGGACCCUCCCAGGGGUGGCAGUGCCCCAAAGGGCCUUUACACGGAUGGCAGUGCCGCAAGGGACCCUCACAGGGACGAAGGCACCCCCACGAGCCCUUUCAGAGGCGGUGACAUCCCCAGGGACACUCGCUGGGACAGCGACGCCCCCAGAGGCCUUCUCAGGGAUCCUCCCAGAGGCGGUGGCGCCCCCAGGGGCUCUCUCAGGGGCGAGGGAGACGCCAGGGUCCUCCCAGGAGUGUUAGCACGUCUAGGGAUCCUUUCAGGGGCGGCAGGGACCCCAGGGACCUUCUCAGGGGCGAUGAAGCCCCCAGAGACCCUUCCAGGGCCUUCUCAGGUGCGGCGAUGGACCCAGAGACCCACCUAG